CGGGAAGCGCGGCCGCUGCGCGCCGGGAUUGAGGGGAGCGGGCGGCUCUGAGACGGCGGGAGGAUGCCCCUGUUCCGGAAGGUGCUGCGCGUCUCCAAUCGCUCCAUGCUCGCGUUCAUCUUCUUCUUCUCCUUCUCCUCCUCCUGCCUCUACUUCAUCUACGUGGCCCCUGGCAUAGCAAAUACGUAUCUCUUCAUGGUGCAAGCUCGUGGUAUAAUGCUGAGGGAAAAUGUAAAAACAAUAGGACACAUGAUCAGAUUGUAUACGAACAAAAAUACAACACUGAAUGGAACAGAUUAUCCUGAAGGAAACAAUUCUAGUGACUGUGUUGCUCAAACAACAAUGUAUCUUCCAGAAAACUUCACUUACUCUCCUUACCAGGCUUGUCCAGAGAAACUGCCUUACAUGAGAGGCCUUAUUGAUGUAAAUAUGAGUGAAAUUAGUUUUGAUGAAAUUCAGCAACUAUUUUCAAAAGACUUAGACAUCAAGCCAGGAGGACACUGGAAGCCCAAAGACUGUAAGCCACGAUGGAAGGUGGCGAUCAUCAUUCCUUUCCGUAAUCGUCACGAGCAUCUUCCCAUUUUCUUCCGGCACCUGAUACCGAUGUUGCAGAAGCAGCGGCUGGAAUUCGCCUUCUAUGUUGUUGAACAGACAGGUACACAACCUUUUAAUCGUGCAAUGCUCUUUAAUGUUGGCUUCAAGGAGGCUAUGAAGGAUGUUGUCUGGGACUGCAUAAUAUUUCAUGAUGUGGAUCACUUACCUGAAAAUGACCGCAAUUAUUAUGGAUGUGGAGAAAUGCCACGUCAUUUUGCAGCAAAGCUGGAUAAAUACAUGUACAUACUUCCGUACAAUGAGUUCUUUGGUGGUGUAAGUGGCCUGACAGUGGAACAAUUCAAGAAGAUUAAUGGAUUUCCAAAUGCCUUCUGGGGGUGGGGUGGAGAAGAUGAUGAUCUUUGGAACAGGGUUCACUAUGCUGGAUACAAUGUAACAAGACCAGAGGGAGAUUUAGGGAAAUACAAAUCCAUUCCUCAUCAUCACAGAGGUGAAGUCCAGUUUUUAGGAAGAUAUAAACUUCUGAGGUAUUCCAGAGAACGUCAGUAUAUUGAUGGGUUGAACAAUUUAGUAUACACUCCUAAAAUACUUGUCAGUAGAUUGUAUAAAAAUGUAACUGUUAAUCUUAUGCCAGAACUUGCUCCUAUUAGAGACUAUUGAUGGAAAUGGUGUGGCAAGCUAUCCUAGUGGAGUAAACUUUUAAUGCACUGGAAGGUAUUAAUAGACACUGAAGACACUGUAAAACAAAAAACACAACAUCUUAGAAUUAGGGGGUUUUGUCCUUUUGAUGAUGCAUAUUUGGGAUGAGAAGUAAAGUGAUUGUAUUCGCCAUACAUUCUGUUCAGAAAGAAAAGCCAGCAGCUACCACUCAGAUGUUUACAGCAUGAGACUACUGUUCAAGCCUUCGUUCUCUGUAUUCUCUAUCUUAACCACUCAGCUAAAUAAACUGCAGAAAACAGACUUGCUAGCUUCACUGGAAGUAGAGACAUUCUUCUUCCAGGACUUCUUUUAUACUAAAUUGCUCCCACUCUGCCCUCCUGUAUUUAAAUGAAUGCUUUUGUUCCUUUUUAAAAUGUGUUUUGUAAAUAUGUGAUGUAAAUUAAUGUGUGUACAUUGCUUUUAAAUUGCUCAAUAUUUUAUGCUCCAGUAUGUAUUUGAGUGUGUUCUUGUUUGAAUUCUAUAGGAAUGUUUUUAUUAGCAUGAAACAACAAGUGUGAAAUGUAAGUAUCCUUAAAAAAGGUUAUACCUUAUGUGAAAUGAAGGAAAUAUUAAUUGUUGGCCAGCUAUGACUGUAAACUGUUAUACUAGUUUUGAGCUCUAGGCCUCCUGCAUAUCUAUAUAGAAGAAUCAAUUUCAUAUAUGAACUUUCUCAAAAGAAAGCUAUUAAUUUUAUUUAUUGCCAGCAAAAUUAUACCCUGCCUGCCAUCUAAAUCAUAUUUAUAUGCCUAUUGCAUGCGUAUUAUGGAAAAUCUUGCAGUUGUUACAUUCUAUGAUCUACAGGAACUCUUAAAUGUUUCCACGUGUGCCACUAGUGUCAAUGUCAGGGAUUUUAAUGCUAAAACAAUGUGUCUGGGUGCAUACAGUCUUUUGGUAUUGUCUUUUUUUUUUUUAAUACUAUUGAAAAGCACUUUUAUUCCUCCAAAAUCAGAAGAGCCAAAAAUGUGUCUUCAUUGGAAGAAUAUUAAAGUUAGAUUUUAAAGAAAAUAAGAAAACAUAGUUCUAAUGCUUGCAGUGUGGGAUUUUCAGGAACAUGGUGUGGGUCAAACUGUUCCCCUUAUAACUGCAUAAGUGCAACUGAAAUUAAGCUAAGUGCUUUUUAAAUUUCCACCUAUAAUAUAUUAAUCAAUAUAGCUAUUGAAGGGCCUAUUCUAGUACAGUGCUGAAUGCUUUUAUGAUGCACUGAGUGUCCUCAAGUCUAUGACUUCAGAUGAGAUUGAGGUUGCACAGUUCCACUAAGAAUUGGUCCUGUCUGUUUCUCUGUUUUUGUGGUGUAAAAUGUGUGAGUAACUAGCCUCUCUCCUUGGCUUAGAAUGAAAAACAUUACAAACAAACAGAUAAUAGGAAAAUAAUGUUAAGCUACUUAUAAGUAACUCAAUGCUAAGAAUUUUUUCCUAACUUUUUUUUUUGAACAUUCUUCUUUUAGCAGUAAGGAAAAGGACUGAAUCAUUUAUUUUCUAUGUUAAUGCAAAUAUAGUCUAAGCUCUCCUGAACUGUUUUGUUUGUCGCAGUUAUUCAAUUCUUUUAGGAACCAAAGGCUGACUUCUGCUCCUGUAAAGAAUGGAAAGCAGUAUAGGAUUGUUUAUCCAUAGAGCGUUCUGUAAGAGUAUAGACAAAAAAUACUAACUCAUUAAUAUGUGUUGGUUUCCUGAAUUGCUGCCACAAAUAGUGUGGUGCUAUGUAUAUUUUGUUUGCCAUAAACACUUUUUAUUUUCCUUGACAUCCCAGCAGUAAAUCUUAGUUAUUCUUAGGUAAAGUUAGGAUUUUACUUAGACAUCCCGAAUGUUUUGUAGAAAUGUAGUGAUUUCAUUGUAGUACAAUUAUAGAACAAUUAUAAGGGAUAAACCUUAUGGGAAUUACCCUGAAAUCUACCAGUUUAUCUAAUAUGCAUUAGCAAUGAUAUGGUCCAAGAUAACGAAAAGUACAAAGUGAACAGAACAUCUUUUCAAAAGUUAGAUCACCUCCUGAAAUAUUUUUAUAACUGAGUGUAUAGGAUAUUCUGAAGCACAUGGAUAAAGGGAGGUAAUUAAUAUAUCAACAUAUUUAUGUAAAAAAACGUGAUCAACAACAUCUUCCAAAUAAAGUUGGUCUUAUUUCGUAACGGACUAAUACAAUUCUUUAAGAACUGUUGAAUAAACCUUAAAUUGUCGUAAUUUUGAAGUGAUUUCUGGUUUUCAGUACAAAGUUCACCUAUGAUUACCAAACAUCUUUGGUAUUGUAGGUCUGUACUGUUUUCUGAACCAUGCUUUUGUGCCCGUUCGAUAGGCAUUCUGUGAAAUGUGCGAUUUUUAACCAUUCAAGUGCAUAUAUAUAUAUGCAUGGUUACAUAUAUACAUAGUAUGUUACACAUUUGCUGUGGCUGAACUAACAUAACUUCACAGCUGUAAGUGAUUAAUCAUGCCUGGUCUUAGGAAAAAUAUAAUUUUAAACCGGGAUGUGAGUGGAUUAUGACAUAUAGCAGAGUUCUUGAAAAGUUUGCAUUUUGGUGCCCCAAAGUGAUGGAUGUUACUUGAUGAAACGUUAACUAACACUCCUCUCUAAAUAACUUCGAUCACUUUGUUGAGAAGUUUUCAAAGGUGCCAUCUUAAAUUACAUCAAAAUAAUGUUUGUAUACCAUCUGCUUGAGCUCAGUACUAUUCUGUACUUAAUUUUAACCUAGACAGUGCCUUCAAACAAAAUAAAUGUGGUGCAGAACUAAGAAUUCUGUACGUUCCUUUUGAUAUUUUUCAUAAUUCUUGUAAAACAUGGGGGGAGGCCAAGCACAUUGCUGAUGAGGCAAAUAAAGAGCAUCUUCUCUUCAAGGAGUUAAUUUGGAGGGGGGGAGAAAGGAAUUAUUUUUACAAGGUUCUGAAGGUCUUGCAGUUGAGAAUAAAGAUUUUACGGAAAUAUUAACGGUUGAAUCUGCUUCAUAUACUCAGAUGCUCUUCAGUGCAUUUUCCACAAUAUAAAACUAAAUAGGAGAAUUUAAAAUAUAAAAUCCAUUUCAAAAUAGAGGCUAUAUUGAAAAAUGUACAAAAUUUCCUUUUUUUUUUUUUUUUUUUUUUUUUUUUUUUUUUCAGAUCUUGCCAGUCUAUUUUUCUAUUACAUUUACUAAUGACUGUGUUGAAGUGGAUUGCUAAUGAGCCAGUUAAUUUAAAAUAUUAUAAGUACCCACUGCUUAUCAGCAAGAGGAAGUGUACUUAAGAUUAUUUUAUUUGUAGAGGUAUCUAAGAUAGGCUUAAUGAAAAAUGCACUGAAACAUAUGCUGGGAAUUUCCUGUGUACUAUCAUCUUGUUUUUUUUUUUUUUUUUCUGUUGUUCAUGAGAAUGUUUGUACUUUUUUAUCAUUGUCUUUUAUGAAAUAUAACAUUCUAAAGAGUG